AUGAAACAAGACACAACAGAAAAAGGAGAAAGGGACGCCAUUGGAUCAGAUGGAGCGAACAGUGUAUUUUCGUUUGCAAUGGAAAGUUCGGUAAGUCACGAGCCAAUAAAGGCCCAACCUGGCGAAGGCUCAGUCGAGCCGCUUUCUCCAGGGGCCAAGGACAACUCCAAUUCCACAGGCGAUUUUGCAAACAAGUUCAGGCGAUUAAAGGCAUGUGCACGUUGCCAUCGGCUCAAGAUGAGGUGCGUUUUUGAGGAUCCCACCUAUAGUUCUUGCCGGAGGUGUUAUGCUGCUGGAAUCAUGUGCUCCAUGACGAGUGAUCCAACACUGGCAUCAGCCCGCUCCAGGCCGCGCAAACGGACAAGGACGGCCUCCGAUAAGCCUGUGUCGCAACUUCAGAAUGCAAUAACUGAUGCUUUCAAUAUUUUAUCCUCUUUCCAGCGGGGAAUGGACCAGAAACCCCGACUUGAGACGCCGCACACAAACGAGAGGGACCAGGAUUCCGAGGACGAGUCGCCAGCUCCAGAUCAAAUGUUUAAGGUCCAAUCACAAUUGUCAGAGCUUCAGCAUAUGCUCUCGCAUGUGAUCUCACAGUCUCGAGGAGGCCACUCGCAAUGGGCCUCUUCUAUGAAUAGUAUGAAGGAAGGCCCCAUCAAGUCCGUUCCAAAAUUACCAUUUAUCCCUUACGAGUACAAUAUUUGCAAGGAACUCUUCAAACUGGAGAUUCUGACUCACGACGAUGCUGCGCUUAGAUUUGAAACAUUUUGCUCGGAAAUGUUGUGCUAUUGGCCAUGUGUGUCGUUGCCCGAUGCAUAUACCUUUGACUUCCUCCUCGAGAACGAACCGCUUGUCCUGCUAGGGUUCAUCUCCGUAACUUGUCUGAACGAACCUGAUCUUCAUGACACGCUACUGUACUAUCUGGACCGAAAUUUGGCGCAGCGUGUGUCAAUUACGGGAGAUAUCACCGCGAGUCUAAUCCAGGUGUACAUUGUCCUUUCGCUCUGGUGCUCUCCUCCACGCAAAUGGGGCUCCUAUAAACACCAAAUGAAUCUUCUCACUGCACUGAACUUGUCGCUAUGUCUUGAUCUUGGAAACGAGCACAUUCGCACCAAUUCAAACGUUCUCCAAUCCAACGCAGAGGAGCGCAAGAUGGUACGGGCCUUCGUGGGAGUGUAUUCUUGCUGCGGCUCGCUAGGCCUAUCACUUCCAAGAUUUAAGGUGGUAACGUGGACUCCGCAUCAUGACAAUUGUUGCCGGGUGCUUCUUAUGGGCGAGUCCAACCGGAACGACAUGUUCCUCUGCUACUACGCUCGACUCAUCGGGAUUGGCCAGGAGAUUUUUGACUUUUUGUGUCCAGAUGGUGUUUCACCUUCUCACGAGAAUUUUGGAAAGCGUGAGGAAAGCGUACCCCCGGGAUCUGUCGAUGAUUCGUGGCAAUCGAACGCACUUCCGCAUGAGAGUCUACGGGCUAUUAUGAUCAGCUACGAGAAAAGAAUGCAGCAGUGUGCCUCGGAGAGUGGCCUGUUGGCCCAUGACAGCAAAGAGCGAAACCUUCUCUCUAUCAUAUACUACCAGUUGCUCAUGACAAUGUACGACUACGUGGUGUGCCGUGUUCUCUCAAAGCAGGAUGUUCUGACUGAGGUGUACAUGCAAACCCUAAGCAGGCUGAUUCGUGCUGGUGAGAAGGUGAUUGACUCGUUUGUGAAUCUCUGCGAGCAGACUCCUAACUUUCCCACAUUCUUCUACUAUAGACCUAUGCAUGCUCUGGUGGCUCUGAUUCGAUCCAGGUUGCUGGUUCGCUCGCAGAGACUGGAUCUCGAGAUCAACGUUGAGCGCGAAUACGAGCGGGUUUCGACAGCUCUAGCUGAGAUAUCGAAGAAGUCUCUUGUUGCGAAGAAGAUGUCUGCAAUCCUUACCCGUGUAGAGAAGUGGAUGAAAGUUUCGAACAAAUUCACCAAGGAUGGGGCCAAUAACUCGAUGGUCACCCUGCUUGAUGAGCUCGGAAAGGAAAAAGCCAUUGAGACCCUCAAAGCGCCGAAGAAGGUGAUGGUGAAGAUUGAACGCGACGCUGAACUGGCUGGCUCGGACUCCAGAGUGCCGACCAAGAACAGGUUUAUAAACUACGACGUACAGACGAUUGCUGAUCGAACGGCAUAUGGCUCCAAGAGUACCCCUUCGCCUGUCGUUGCCACGCCCACCAGAAAGAGAUCGGUUUCUACUAGAGCCAUGAAUGCUGCUGGAAUUGACUCAGAAUCAUCCUCUGGACAAAAGUUUGUUCCUUCGCCAAUUGGCUUCAGUCGAGGGGAAGAGUCUCCCAGCGAUAACUCGCAUCCGGCUCCUAUUGGCGAGAGUGUGGGAAAUAAUCCGACGAUGGAACAGGACGUGCAUAAGGACUCCGCUACGGGACUGGCAGAGGAUAUAGGUUUUGCUGCAGGGCUGGAUAAUAUAGGUGUUGAUCAGGACGUUGAUUUUGACUUCAACAGGGCUCUUGGUGAUAUCUUCUCGCAGAUCGAUGCGGAUGUGAUCAACUACUUUCCCGAGGCCUCUCCAUCCAAUUCUACCAGUGAAGAGUAUUAUGGACUUGAUGAAGAAGCUGCUAAUUCCCGUCGUUUUUCCGUGAAUCGAAAACAGAGUUUUGGCACGAUGUUUCAUGACAUGGAUGGCUAUGGUUUCUGGUGA